AAAACUCGUGAAAGUUUCGCGCCAAAUUUAACCGUUUUCACUGCAUCUGUGUAGCAUACAAUAACUCAUAUGGCAUGGUACCUUUUACGGUAAUAGAAUUCAAAGCGUUGAUUGGCUGAGGCAUGAUCGCGAUCUACAAAAUGCCAUCAGGAAAUAGUAAAGAUAUUUAAGGGUGGGAUUCAAGACCCGUAAAACGAAUGUCGUUCUUUUUUUUUUUACUGCACCUGUAUUCAAAAGAAAUAAUCCCACCCAACUCUCUAACCAAAUAAUUAAUACAAGACGAAAACAAAAUAACGGACUACGGGCGUAUUUAUGGUUGUAAACGCCCAAACUCAUGGGUCCGAGAGCAAUAGUGUAUUCAUACACAAAUUUGAAUUGGCGGAAGAGAGCUAAAUACCGUUACUAGAUAAACAAGUCUUGCUGCGACCCCCUUGUACAAAAUGAUCUAUCCCGAUAAGGGACGUAAUUAGCUCCGUGUUUGUAUUUCUCGAUGUCCAAGUGUGUGAUAAGUUUUACAAGAGAGAACUUUUUUAUUCACUGGGGUAUUUAGUUGUGCAAUGGAUUUUAUUUAACGGGAGAUGAUUUCAAACACACAAUUUCCGAACAUGAAUUGUGGUAAACGGCUGACGCCUUUUCCUUCGUCAAAAACAUUGAAAUAUUUCAAAUAUACGGCAGCCGUGUUCAUAUUUCUUUACGUAUUACAAAGUUUUCUGCACGAGAAAAACAACAAUCCGAUAUUUAAUGGAGAUUACGUAUUAAACAAUGAAAAAAUCUGUAAUGAUCAAGAAACAAUUACAGCCAUUGUGGUUGUUCAUACUUCCCCAGAUCAUUUUGUUCGAAGGCGAAACAUUCGCGCUUCCUAUGGAUCUAUGACAUUGUAUUUACCGACUCAAAUUCGCAUCGUGUUUCUUUUGGGACGAGUUAGCAGCAAGGAGCUACAAAAUGAAAUUCUAAUUGAACAUGAUAAAUAUGGUGAUAUAAUUCAAGGAAAGUUUAUCGACGCUUACCAUAAUUUAACAUAUAAAGCAGUUAUGGGUCUACACUGGGUUUCACAUUAUUGUUCAAGGGCUAAAUACGUCGUAAAAACGGAUGACGAUCUUGUUUUUGAUAUGUGGCGAUUUAUAAAAAUGUUCGAUGCUCGCGAUCUAUACGUGUCGAAAACUAUAUAUUGUUACGUCAGAGAUCGCGGUAUAGUUCCCCGUAAAGGAAAAUGGAAGGUACCGGAUCAUUUAUUUAAGGAGUAUACGCAUUAUCCAUUCGCGCAUUGCCUAGGAUUUACCAUUAUUUACAGUGGAGAUAUUAUUUCGCAUUUAUAUACGGCUUCCUUUAAAAUUCCACUGUUUUGGUUGGAUGAUGUUUAUGUGACUGGUUUGUUAAGAUUAGCUGUUGGUGGAAUUCAACUAAUUCACCAGACAGAACCUAAUCAUUUCCAACCGUUAAUAGGUGGCUUACGUUGCUUGGAGGAAAAGGGCGAAGAUUGUCCAUAUUUAGCCGUAGGUGUGACAGACAACACUUUCAAUGCCACGUGGACAGCAAUACAACGGAGAAACAAUAUGUAAUUAUGCUUCCAAAAAACAACUUGUUUUUAUAUGGGUUUUUAAAAAUAUUUAUUCAUUGCAGAUUAUAAAAAUAUAGGUUUAGAUGAAGUAAAUAGAUUUUGAAUUUAGA